AUGUCCGAAUCCAAGCCUCCGGGAAUUGUUGCGUCCAAAGAUUUUGGUGAUUUCAAGAAGCAGAAGGAGACUAUUGUGGCACGAACUACUCAUGCUGGGCAAUCAAAACGGGCUCGUAUCAUCGAGCUCAUUGCUUCUACUGAGGAACAACUCCAAACUUCGAACUCUAUAAUCCAGAAUGCGGUAACAUUGGGAGAAUCCUUCAAAGUCACGAAGCAGAUCGUGAACACACUUUUGGCCCCUGCAAAAGAGCUUGCUGAUAUUUUGGGGUCACUAUCGGAGAUACAUCCCACUAUUGGGGUCGUGGCAACUGUGUUUAAGGCCGUAGUCAGGCUUGAGACAGACCGCCAGGAAAAUGAUAGACAAAUCGCUGUGUUAUAUGACUCUAUGGCACACAUGCUUAUUGUCCUCGUCUACAUGGAAGAUAUAUUUGAACGAAAGGAUGGUAUACAGCAUAUGCUCACGCAGAAGCUUGACGACAUCGCCAACCUGAUUAAGGAAUUUGGCAACUUUUGCGAUGUUUAUUAUAAAAGUCGUUCUAUUGUGCGUUUUCUCCGCUCUUCAAAGUUCAAAGAAAAGCUCUCCGAAUUCGCUCAACGUUUUGAAGGAACAAAAAAAGGUCUGCAGAACUUGGUUUCUCAUCGAACGGCCAAGCUAGUAGACAAAACCUCGGAGAAGAUUGACGAGAUUAACGCUAACGUAUCUCAGCUGAUCAAAUUUAUGGAGAUUCAGACGAGCCGAGAGCGCGAAGCUGCAGAGUUGAUAGCUACCAAGGGUGGCACCGAAGCUGUUUUGAAGGACGACAAACUUUUAGAUGAGGUUGCUCAGGCAAUGGGAGAUAAAAUCACUGCUUCAGUGCAAUUAAACCUUCGACAAGACUUGGCCCAACAGUUGGUGGACAAUCGUUUGUUCUUCGAUGUUAAAAUGGAAGGUGUGAAGGAGCAAAUAUCAGAGAAGAUAGAGCGCUCUACAAAUAGCAUACUGUUAAAAAUGGAGGAUGGACCACAUGAACUCGUGCAUGAUCCUGACAUCAAGAAAAUAUGGAAAGAUAUGCAAUGGCGUCACAGUGUCAAAAGCAGGCACUUUGUUUCAGCCGUGCAUCACCACUUUGAGCAAACAUUCAUUCGUUACCAUCGUGAGAACGGGACCUCGCACACAGAUCUUUGGACAUUAAACUAUCUUUCUCGAGUCAUUUUUUAUCCGGCAAUUGGAGACGCAAUUGACGAAGAUAAUUCGGGAUAUGUUUCACUUCAUGAAUUAAAUCAUUUCUUUAGUUCUAAACCUCACGGGUGGAGUGUUCCCCAGUGGCUCGCAUACUGGGCGGCUGGGUGGUACAAAGAUAAUCUGAGGUACCGCGAUAAGAUCAUGUCGAGAUUAAAGCUUUUAGAAGAUUCGUUGCAGUUUCUGCGUCCUGAGAACGAAGCCACUCUCAGGUCGCUAAUUGAUAAUAUCAAACCCCAGAUUCGACGUAUUGUACUAUCACUCUAUGAUGACGUUCUUGAUUAUUUCCAAGGCGAAAGUGAAGAAUCUACCGGACUAGACAAUCUGCGUAAUCAAUUUACUGCCAUUACUACCAAAGAGGUCGAAGAACAGCUAGCCAAAUCCAAGUUUGAGCUGGACGAUAAACGUACUUUGAAGCUGGUGCUGGGUAGAUCGCGGUUUGAAUCGCGACUCUUUUGUGUAAUGCAUCGACUCCUGAAGCGUCAUCACAAAUUAUUUGACCUCGCAAAGGAUAACGUGUUACAGGAGGGAGUUGCAAUCUCAAUGGCCAAUUCAUGGGAUGUCAUAUUUGAUGCUUUCGUGCAGCGAAUGCGCGAAUUGAGCGAGAGCUGGCGGCAGCAGCGCAUGGAUGUCGAACUCCAAGCUCAGUGGUAUUCGAACGGGUUAUUUGAGGACUGGUAUACACAUAACAAAGCCCUGCCAGAGGCUGAAGAUGAUUAUGGGGAUGCCUGGGCAGAAGAAGAUUACGAUGCUGGGACUGAAGUGGAUGAAAGUGAACUUGUGGAAUAUGCAACUCGGCCUUCCACAUCCACUGGUCAUUAUGACGACGUUCCCAGCAUACUUCAUUCACCAGACAUAGAAGCGAGCCCAAUAGGAGAUAUGGAUUUUCGAACCAUUAGCUCAUUUUCUGGUCAAAAUUUGCGGCCGGGAGAAGGCUAUCAUAAACGUAGUUCUAGUCGCGCAACAAACGAGAGCGACAGGACGAGUACCGCCGUCACUGAGCUUGAAGACCGGAUGAAGAAACUCGAAGGAAAGGUAGACAACUUGACUGACCUUAUGACGCAGAUCUUGCAACAGCUCAAGGGCAAAUGA